AUGGAUUAAAAACACGAUCACGCAAAUCAAAUUCUUAGUUUAUUAGAGAAUUAAGAAUCUAUUAAUUCCUUAUAAGUUGCAUAGACAAUAGGCAUCAAUCAUCAAGAAUUAGUUGGAUAUCUAUUAUAAUUAGAAGCAGCAAAUUAUAUCAUUACCGAGGGUUUAAAAAAAGAUUAAUUAUUUCUGAAUGAAGAGGGGAAUACUAUAUUAAAUUCAUAAUCUGGAGAAUAUGAGAUUUAUUAAAAAGUGCCUGAAGGUGGAAUAUCUAUGACAGAUUUACAAAAAUAAUUUGGAAUUGAUCAGCCACCCAAGUAAAAAUAAGAAUAAGGAGAAAAGAAAGAAAAACAAGUAGAGGAUCCUAAAAAGAAAUUGUUUGAUUAAGGUUUUGGAAAUGCAAAGAAAAUGGGAUAUAUUAAAUUGGAUAAGGGUAUGAUAAGUAAAGUAGCAAAUGACAUGCCUGAUAAAAUAAAACAAGAAUUAUAAUCAUUUAAUGAAAUCAAAUUAGGAUCACCAUAAGCAAAACUAUUGAUUGAAAGAAAAUUGGCUAGCAUAUCAACUAUUAAAUACUUUGAGGUGAAGAAAGGUGUUAAAUACAAUUCAAAAUUUAGAGAAUAGUUUGCAGCAUUAACCACAGAAUAAUUACUCAGUGGAGAAUGGAAGGAUUGUGAUUAUAAAAGUAUUAAUCUUAAUGCAGAAGGGGAAAAGAUUUCAAUGGGUAAUUUGCAUCCUCUCUUAAAAGUAAGGAAAUAGUUCUCAUAAAUUUUAAUUGGAAUGGGAUUUGAAGAAAUGCCAACAAAUUAAUUUGUUGAGUCAUCUUUUUGGAAUUUCGAUGCUUUAUUUUAACCUUAGAAACAUCCAGCAAGAGACGCACAUGAUACAUUCUUUUGUAGUGAUCCAGAACUCAGCGAAGAAGUAGAUAAUACGUUGAGAGAUAAAGUAAAAGCUAUGCAUUAGACAGGAGGUGUUGGUAGUAUUGGAUAUCAAUACGAAUGGUCACACGAAGAAGCCAGAAAAAAUAUAUUAAGAACACAUACAACAGCUGUCUCAUCUAAAAUGCUUUAUAGAAUUGCUUAAUAAUAUAAAGAGAAGGGUUAUUUCCCAAAGAAAUAUUUUAGUAUAGAUAAAGUUUUCAGAAAUGAAACUUUAGAUGCAACUCAUUUGGCAGAAUUUCAUUAGAUUGAAGGAGUUGUGAUUGAUAAGAAUGCCUCAUUAGGAUAAUUGAUGGGGAUCAUCAGAGAAUUCUUUAGGUAAAUUGGAAUAAACAAAUUGUGGUUUAAACCCACUUAUAAUCCAUAUACCGAACCAAGUAUGGAGAUUUAUGGAUAUCAUCCUGUUUUAAAGAAGAAGGUUGAAAUUGGUAAUUCUGGUGUUUUCAGACCUGAAAUGUUAGCACCUCUUGGCAUUCCAGAAGAUGUGAAUGUGAUUGCAUGGGGUUUGGGAUUGGAAAGACCAACUAUGAUUUAUUAUGAUAUCCGUGAUAUUAGAACAAUGGUGGGACCAGAAGUUAAAGUAGAAACUGUUAGAUCAAAUGCAUUCUGUGUUUUUGAAAGUAAAUGA